AUGGCGGGCUCACCCUUCAUCAAGACAGAACCCAACGACUUCAAUAACCCCGAUCUAAACCAAUAUAUGCAGUACAACCAGGCAGCUCGACAACAAUUCAACACCAAUCAAGGCAUGAACGUCAACCCUAUGGCCCUCUCAAACAACAUGCAGCAGAACUUCGGGCAAGGCGGCAUGGCGCCCUCCUUCAACACGGCCAAUUCAGGGAUUGCGGAUGACGAGUUGCUGGACCUCGAUUUCAACCAGAACACCCAGCAAGGGCACGACUGGAAUCAGGGUGUGCAGAACUUCUACCAGCAGCAGCAGAUGAUGCAGAACAACAACAACAUGUACUCGCACACACCCGACGGUGCGCCAAUACAGUCGCCAUUCACCAACGGCAGCUUCAACUACGGCCAGUUCCGAGGGGUGGGCGGUGGUGACCAACAGUUUGGCAGCACCAGUAUGCCGCAACAGGCCGCGAUGCGACCGCACAUGCAACAGCACAUCGAUCGCAAGGUCUCUGACUCGAGGUCACCCGCGACGCCGAAUACUCCCAGCUUGAACCAGAUCACCAUUCCCGAAGACUUCAGCACACAUCCAGGUAUGCAACAGAUACAUCACCAACGACAGCAGCCAUCUAUGGGCAACGGCGGGUGGGACAGUACACCAGAUCAUCAUAGUUGGAACGACGGCUCGCCUUUCCCUUCACCUAUGAAUGGCCACCCAAUGCAUGCUCAGAUCUCGGAAGUUCUCAAGACCAGCAACCACCACCACAAAGUCGCAUCAUCACUACCAACGAAGAUGGAGGGCGGCCCACCACAAGCAUACCAUGCGCAAGACGCCAAGCGACGCAGACGAAGGGAAUCACAUAAUCUGGUCGAGCGUAGACGCCGCGACAACAUCAACGAGCGCAUUCAGGAUCUAGGCACCCUCGUACCACAGCAUCGCCUGGAGGAUGAGAAGGUGCGCAAGCACUUGCAGACCAACGCACCGCUCUCGCCAUCGAUCACCAACGCCAGCAGCAUGUCGCCGCCUAAUGCUUCCUCCAUGCUCUCCGGCGCUACAGGUAGACGCUCAGGCACCAUCACUCAAGGUCUACCAAUGGAAGACAAGGAAAAAGGCCCGAACAAGGGCGACAUCCUCAACGGCUCUGUCGCAUGGGCUCGCGACAUCAUGUGGUACAUCCAGCUCAAGAUGCACCAAGAAGAGCAGCUCAAGAGGGUGCUGGAGAGCCUCGGACAGCAAUGGCCCUUUGAGCAGUCGGAAGAGGAGAAGCGCAUGCAUAGCGAACUUUGCGAAGUCAUCGGCAAGCACCGCCAAUCCGGCGACAUCGCUUCUUACUCCCGCGCGUCUGGCUCUGGACUGCGGGUUCCGGGGUUCACGAACGUCGCGGGAGACAGUCUCAACGGCGAUGGUGUACAAGGCAACGGAUACUCGAACCCACAGCAGAUGAGCCCUGGCUUCCAGUCCGGCGGGAGUGGUGUCAGCAGCGAGCAGAUGUCUGUGCAGGGGAAUCGUCAAGACCAGUUCUGGAACGAAGGGUUCAAGGAGGAGGAGGAGUUUGACCUUCACAUGCAAUGA